AUGUCGCGCCUCAUCGUUCGCGGCUUGCCCUCGUACCUCACGGAUGCCAGGCUACGCGAGCACUUUUCGCAGAAGGGCGCGGUCACCGAUGUCAAGCUCAUGCGCCGUCCGGACGGCACCUCAAGAAAGUUUGGUUUCGUCGGCUACCGUUCCGAUGACGAAGCUCAGCAAGCACUCGACUACUUCAACCGCACCUUUAUCGACACUUCACGCAUCUCCGUCGAGCUGGCCAAGAAGAUCGGCGACGAGGAGCUCACACAACAGCGUGAAGAGCGCCGCAAUAAGCGCAACGCUGCUGCCUCACAAGAAGCUUCCACUUCGACUUCGAUAAGCGAUGCUCGCAAGAGGAAAGCCGACAAGUCAGACCCCAAGCAAGAGGACGGUAGCGGCAAGAAAAAGUCCAAGAAGGGCGGCGCCAUCUCGUUUGAAGAGUUCAUGUCGGUGAUGCAGCCAAAAGCCAAACGCAAAGCGUGGCAAAACGAAGAUGCGCCUCCCGAGCAAACCAUGCAAGACAUUGUCGCGCCCGAAGAAGCCAUCGAGAAAAAGGCUGCCAGAAAGGCGCAAAAGAAAGCCGAUGCAGCAGCCGCUGCUCUCAGCGCAGCCGAAGCCGAAGCGACAGCGCAACAGGACUCGCCAAGCGAAUCGACACCGGAGCCUGAUGCAACAGCAAACGAUGUCGGCCUCACCGACGAAGAGUACAUGCGCCUCCGCAUGAAGCAUAAGGUCGGCACAGACCUCGAUACCCUCCCAGAAUCCUCCUCAGCUCCUCAAUUCGAGCAGUCGGACGACGAAAAGGAUGAUGCCAACGCGGCAGCUGCCGACUCGGAUUCCGAUGCCGAGGACGAACAGGUCAAGGACGAAGCCUUUGAGCGCAAACAGGCCCAGAUGCAAAGAAAGGCGCAACUGGCCGCCGAAAAAGAUCAGAAACUCGUCGAUCAGAUCAUGGACAGUGGUCGACUCUUCAUCCGCAACCUGCCCUUUGCCGCCAACGAGGACGACAUUCAGUCUUUCUUCGAGAGCUUUGGCACCGUCAAGCAGGUACACAUCCCGCUCGACAAGCAGACCAAAGCGUCCAAAGGACUCGCCUUUGUCUCCUUCUCCGACCCUUCCCACGCGCUUGCAGCCUACCGCGCCAAGGACGGCUCCACCUUCCAAGGUCGUCUCCUGCAUCUCCUCCCCGCCGUCAACAAGGACGCCACCGCCGAGACGGACAGCAAAAAGUCCGCAACACUCAAGCAGGCACGAGCCGAGCAGAAGAAGCAAGAUGCCGCCAAGGACUUCAACUGGUCCAUGCUCUACAUGUCUUCCGAUGCGGUUGCAUCCUCCAUCGCGGACAGGUUGGGCGUGAGCAAACCCGACAUCCUCAAUCCUGGAGCUGACGGUGGAGCGGACAACGCAGCGGUGCGGUUGGCGCUUGCAGAGACGAGGAUCAUCCAAGAGACGAAGGAGUUCUUCUCGCAGGAGGGGAUCGAUGUGGAUGCAUUUGAUGGGAAAGGUGCGAGAUCGGAUACGACGAUCCUCGUCAAGAACAUUCCGUACGGGACGUCGGUGGAGGAGGUCGAGAAGUUGUUUGCGGAACACGGUGAGGUGGAUAAGGUGUUGAUACCGCCUAGUGGAACGAUUGCGAUCGUCGAGAUGCCGGUGGUGAGCGAGGCGAGGGUGGCGUUUCGAUCGAUCGCAUACAAACGAUUCAAAGGAGGAAUUUUGUACCUUGAAAAGGCGCCUGUCGGGCUGCUUGUGCAGACCGCGGGUGAGAAGAACGUCAAGCAAGCACCUAUCGUUGGGAAAUCCAUCGAGACCUCCUCCAAUCCAGCUUCGAACCUCGACAAUGCGGAAGCGGUGGACGGGGCGACGCUGUACAUCAAGAACCUCUCCUUCUCGACAACCGAUGAAAGGCUGGCAUCCGCUUUUUCCGGAUUGUCCGACUUCGCAUUUGCACGCAUUCAAACCAAACCGGAUCCACGACGACCAGGCGCGCGUCUAUCCAUGGGAUACGGAUUCGUCGGAUUCAAAUCCGUCGAUGGUGCACAGAAAGCGCAGAAGGCUAUGGAUUCCAAAGUCAUCGAUGGACAUACACUCGUGGUCACCUUUGCGCGUCGUAACGCUGAAACGUCUACCACCGUAUCGAGCUCUUCAUCCGGCUCCACCAAGAUUCUCAUCAAAAACUUGCCCUUCGAAGCAACCAAACGCGAUAUCCGUCAACUGUUUUCCUCCCAAGGUCAACUGAAAUCCGUUCGUCUUCCCAAGAAGUUCGACAAUACUACGAGAGGAUUCGGUUUCGUAGAAUACACCACGGUCAGAGAAGCUCAAUCCGCCAUGGAGGCGUUGAAACACACCCAUCUGCUAGGCAGACAUCUGGUCCUUCAAUGGUCGAAAGUUGGCGAAUCGAACGAAGAACAGGUCGAGUUGCAGAGGAGUAAGACCAAACAACACUUCGUCAACGAGGGAGAUGCCGCGGGUAUGGGUGGCGAUAAGGGCAAGAGAGCAAAGAUCAAGUUGAACAGCGCUCAGAUCAGUGAUGCUGUGAAAAAGGCGAAGAGGCAGAGGGAUGAUGUAGAGGAUGACGAGUGA